UAGCAAUAUAAGUGCAGAGAUCAGCUUGAUCACAGAUGACGAGGAGACCAACCAAGAAGGGGCAAGCCAAAGCCAAAUUCCCUGACAGUCUGUUCAUCUCCAGCAUGUGGAAAGUGCUGCUCCUGGGUCUGUAUGUAGUAUUGGCUGUGAGAGGAUUGGCAAAGGGUGCUCCUUUCCAUCCAGAAGAGAAAUGGAAGCCUCUUGAUAACCCCAGAAACAGAGACCUGUUUUUCAGAACGCUCCAGGCUUACUUCUUGGGCAGGGGUCUCGAUCUCAGAAAGUUCCCAGCUACUUUCCCUGUGAACAGUGAAGGACCAGGGCCUGUCACGUUCUACUCAGAUCCUAUUGCUUCUGCAUUUGCAGAUUAUGAAGAAAGGAAAAAAUCUUUUCAGAACUAUUUUGAAGGCUGAAAGAUUCUGCUGAUGAAGGUAUUAACUUAAGACCUCCAUACCAAGUGGAAAACUUCACAGCAAAAUUUUACUGUUUUGACUUUUUUGUUACCUGACAAUUCAAAAUUUUCUUCACUGUCACUGUUUCUGCCAGUGGAAUCUGGUGUCCUGCUGUAAUGGGCAUUAUUCUGUCUGUUGACAAAUGCGUGCUGUUUGGCUACUGCAGUUUGUGAGCAGAAUUGUGCUUAACUGUGAAUAAAUGAGGAGUGCAACCGCGUGCAUUUAAGUACUGCCAAGUGUCUUUGUUCAAAGCCGGUAAAUAAAGGUUCCCUUUCACUUU